AUGGCUCAAAUUUUUAAAUUUAAUGCACUUUUAAGUUUCUUGAUCAUUUUUAUAUCAGCGAAUGGCGUUCUAUCCUAUGGCUGGGUUGGCCACCAAAUAACAGCCGCUAUAGCCCAACGUUUUCUUAGCCCUCGUGCACAACGUGCUAUAAUAGAAUUAUUGCCACAAGAAGCUAAUGGAAACUUAUCCGAAAUUGCUGCUUGGGCUGACACCAUUAGAUUUAAUCCGCAUUAUCGAUUUGCUUCACGACUUCAUUUCUGGAACCCUAUUGGUGACAAUCCACCAGAAACGUGUUCUAUAGAUUGGGUGCCCGGAAAUCGUGACGUAAUUACUGCUAUCUAUAACUACUCUCAUCGAUUAGAUCCGAAAACUAGACUUGAAUAUACACAGCAAGCGGAAGCGUUAAAGUUUUUGGUGCAUUUUCUGGGUGAUCUGCAUCAACCAUUACAUUUGACUUCAAAAUUAAGAGGAGGAAAUGGCGCAGUCGCGAGAUUUGAUAAUCGUAAAACUAAAUUGCAUACUAUAUGGGAUUCGCUUUUGAUCUGUAAACAAAUAUGUAAGGUGAUAUUUGAUUCGAAACUUCCAAUUACCAAACCAAAACCCCCAAAAUGUCCUCGAUGUGAGAUUAAUUUAGAAUACGUAAAUAAUAUCGUUUCCUUAAUUAAUACAAAGUGGAAUGAAGAAAAAUCCAGAUGGACUGAAUGUCAUAAUAGGGUUAAAGAUAAUUCUUACGUUCGUAUAGACUUUUUCAAGUAUGAUCGUAUAGUUUCCUUUUCUCCGCGACGUAGACCAACAAAUCCAAAAACACCGUUUCCUAUCCCGGACGUGCCAGAUUCCAUUUGUCCCAAUUAUUGGGCGAUCGAGCUGAAGAAAUUGAAUUGUGAGGUCAUUUGGAAAGGUUAUAGUCCCAAUACCGAGAUCGAUUAUGGUCACGGUGAAUUUUACGAUUCAUUAAUGAAAUCACAACUUGUUGAGAAAAUGUUGGCGAUGGCUGGUAUUAGAAUGGCUGCUGUUUUAAAUAGUAUUUUGACAUAG